UCUGUCCUCUUAGUUCCUGGGAGGUGACCUGCCAGUUGUCCAUCCAUCUCUUUGGUGGUUCUCUUUUCCCUUAUUGAAAAACAAAAUAAGAAAAUAUAUUAAACUAACAUUUUAUUUGUUUGUUCACAAAAACUAUUUUCUUGGUUUCAUCACCGUCAUCGGAACUAUAAAGAAGAUUAUGUUCGGAAGAUUUUUCCACUGCUUGCUUGUAGUAUUCUAGAACUUCAAAAAUUUUCAACUACUAGCCGUAAUGCUUGCCAAAUAAGUUAUCAACAUUCUUAAAUUUUUAAAAGUUUUGGUUUUACUCCAGUAGGAAUUAGCUUCGGUGGAAUAUCAAUACGUGAUUGGACUUUUCUGCAAACCUCUUCAAAUACUCUUGUAUAUGUUUUAUCUGUCGUUUUUUAUUUUUACUCACUUUGUUUGUGGUUAUGAUGCACUAUCCGUACCGAUAGUACCUCCUCAACCUUGGAAAGCCGCUCUUAUGGCAAGAUACGUCAUACACAUGACAGAUUGGGUUUCGAUAGCAACUAUAUCUACUCAAGAAGCAAUAAAUGGUUUUCCUUUCGUAAGUUUGAAAUCCUUCAGCGAUGGUACAUCAACUAAUUCGACAGGUGUUCCAUAUCUUUAUAUGACCGAUCUAGACGUUACAGGCAAAGAUGUUCUGAAAAACAGGAGAGUUUCGAUAAUGGCGACAUUAGCUGAAACUAAUUACUGCGAGAAUAAAGAAUUUGACCCGCAAGAUCCCAGAUGUGCUAAAAUACUUAUAAGUGGAAAAUUGUUUAAAAUCGAAGCAACUUCACCAGAAUACGUUUUCGGGAGAAACUCUUUAUUUGAAAAACAUCCUAGCAUGAAAAACUGGCCGAAAGAUCAUCUGUUUUAUGUUGCGAAAGUUGUUCCUGAACAAAUUGAAGUUCUAGAUUAUUUCGGAGGAUUGAAGUUCGUUACAAUCGAAGAUUAUUUUAAUGCCAAUAUAACCGAAUUAAUAAAUUUAGAUAGACACUUUUCCAGAGUAGCUAUUAUUGAUAUUGAUGCUAAUUGAUUCAUAAAAAUUAUUUGUAAAUAAAUUAAAUACGUUAGUAUCUACAUUAGAAAUGUAAUUUUACAAAAAGCUGCAAAUAUAUUUUUUUGUGAA